AUUCCAUGACUACAAUCAACACUCGGACGAAUCAGAGGAGUCAGAGUAUUCCGAUAAUGAAGCUGCAGCUGGAAUCAGUGGUGAAGAUGGUGCCGAAUUCGAUUCGGAAGGUGUUGUCACCUUGAACUUUAAUGUGAGUGAUGUUACUGGAAUGCCAGAAGCUAGAAUUAAACACCUAAAGGAAGAAUCCGAUGACCAAAAAGAUCAGCGCCUGUCUUCUUCUGGGCAGUCUCAAUCCUUGUCUCAAAAAAAUGGUCAUCCGAACUAUGGAUUUGGCAAACGUUGGUCCAAAUCGGAAGAUGUUCUACUUAAAACCCUGGUGGACAAACAUGGCGAGCGAUGGGACAUCAUUGGGCCUUAUUUUAAGGAUAGGCUUGAACAACAAGUGCAUCAGCGUUGGGCGAAAGUGCUCAAUCCGGAGCUCAUCAAGGGACCGUGGACGCGCGACGAGGACGAAAAGGUUAUUGAGCUUGUACGUCGAUUUGGCCCCAAGAAAUGGACUCUGAUUGCUCGCUACCUGAAUGGUCGGAUUGGUAAGCAGUGUAGAGAACGAUGGCACAACCAUCUCAAUCCCAACAUCAAGAAGACUGCCUGGACGGAAGAGGAAGAUAAAACCAUCUACCAUGCCCACAUCCAACUGGGCAAUCAGUGGGCCAAAAUAGCAAAACUGCUACCCGGACGUACGGAUAAUGCAAUUAAAAAUCACUGGAACUCGACAAUGAGACGUAAAUAUGAUGCAGAACGUAAAUCCCAUGCAGGUGUAGGCGGAGCAACUGGCGGGGAUCUCAAAAGUUCGCGAACCCAUCUUAUCACAUUGAUCAAGUCCGGUGGCAUUAGCAAGGCGCAGUCUAAGGCUGGAAAACUAAUGGAUAUGCCCAUGGCCGAUUUGCCAGGGGGCAAAGCAUCUCUAACCGGCCUUAAUAAGCCAUCACUGCCACUAUCUGGAGAUGCUAGUCAUACCUCGGAGAUGGAGGCAGACAUCAAGAAUAUUGAGCCUAUUGUAGGUCCUAUAAUGCUCCCGACGCGACAAAAACCAAAUAUAUUGAAGCGAACGCGCCAAAAGGCGCCACAGCACAUUCCACAAGUCGAUGCACCAUCAACCAAGGCGCCAAAGUCACCUGUCAUUACGCCCAUCAAGGCGCUGCCUUUCUCGCCAAGUCAAUUCCUGGUCAAGUCGCCUUGCCUAACGACAUUCGAGGACAUGAAUUUGCGCGCUAGUACCCCAGUGGCCAAGACCUACAAUCGUAUUGGAAUGGAAAUCAAAAAGGAGUUGGAAACUUCAUCAAUUGAAACGCCACACAAAAGUGUGAUUGGCCCACGCACUCCGACACCUUUCAAAAAGGCCCUGGCUGAUAUUGGAAGGAAGCGGGAUGGUCGUCGUUACGAACCAUCUAGCCCAUCGAGCCUGGUCGAGGACUUGAACGAGAUUAUCAACGAAGAGCAAUUGAAUGAUUCAGAGGCGGCGCAGACGAGCGCCACUAGCCUCCUGAACAUUGAACGUAAUGGCUCCAAGGGUGUCAAUGGGGCUAGAGCCACAGCCACAUCAGUUGCGGCUCCAUCUCCGCCACCGAAACGGGCCCGCAAAUCUCUGCUUACCAGCUGGAGCACUAACUAUACCAAUUACGAAUGUGGCAAAAAGGUGCAACCCUUUGAAACGGAGACGCCCAGCAAGUUCCUCGCAUCGUCUGGCAAUGCAUUGCUGAAAGAUGACACGCUGUGCAGCGAACAGGAUCUUUUGUUCGACGAGGGACGUAAGGAGAAUAGUGUCCCAUAUUCUCGCGGGACAAACGGUAGAUAUUCAUCGUCCACAUCGUCGGCUUUUGGUCGUGGGGCAUACGACCAUGUCAUUGAUCCGAAAUGGGCUCGUGUUGCCUGUGGUAAAACCAAAGACCAGUUGUUCAUGGAGAAGCAAGCCUAUGCCUGUUUAAAGAAUCUCUCCUUGAUGCCCAGAUCCCUUAACUUUGAGAAACAAAAGUGAAUCGGCGACACAUUUGAGUCGAUAAUAAUAGAAAAGAGCAAGUUAGAGAAUAUUUUAUGGGCUAACCCAAAUUGCUUAUAGCCACACAUCGAACAGGAUUAGGAGGAUUUUAGUUUGUGAAUCGGUUCAUAAUUUGAGAUAGGCCAUAUGGACUUUUUAGCUAGGCUCUUUUUUGCGCAUUUUUAUCAGAGUUAUAGAAUCACAUACAUAUAUUGUUAUUGUUAGGAAUAUAUAUACUUGCAUACACAUGCAUAUUUAUACAUACAUAUAUAGGAUAUAUAGGAACAUCCGAUACCAAUAAUUUUUCAUGGAAUUUAUAUUAAGAUUACAGAAUCGGGCAUAAACAUGUUUUUACACACAGAUAUAUAGAUACAUAUAUAUAUUUUUGUACUAACCUAGUUCGAGUGAAUAUAACGAAAUUAGUUUGCCAGUGUGUAUUUUUCUUAUUUUUGUUUUUUUUUUUACCCAUAAAUUUAAUAAAACAUUUUAAACAUUAUCGACCCCCUAUUGAGAGUUAUAAUCAUCUUUUUGCCCAGCCAUACUAUCCGAUCAUAUCCGACCAAUCAUCCAAAAGGAACAAACUCAUCUAUAGUUAUGGGAAUUGAUUAAUUUACAUAUUUAUUUAUUUCAACAUUUCCUCUGAAUUGUAUUUGUAAAUAUAAGCCGAUAUCUUUAUAUUUUCCUCUUUUGUACGUCCCGCAUUACUACUAAAAAAAAAAACAAUUUGCUAAUCGAUUCGCUUAAUGUUAAUGGGAUCGAUUGACUAGUAAAGUGGCUGGUCCAAUUUAUUGUAUCGACUUUGCUGUUGAAAAAAACAAAAAAAAAAACACCCUUUAUGGGGUCGAAAAUGUUUUACAUCUAAACGCUCUUUUGGCUAAUUGGUUAAUUUCAUUAUAUAUAUGAAUAAAUUAUAUUUAUAUUUCUUCUGUAUAUACAUACAAAAAUAUUAUAUUAUUUCCCCCACCCCGCAUUAAGCUCUGUACAUACAGAUAAUAAACAGAUUUAAGAGUUAUAAUAUAUAUAAACCAUAUUAAGCCUACAUUUGGCAGUUUACGGGCAUAAUUGGAACAUUAAAUUUUGUCAUAACCAUUCCAGCAUUAA